CAAAAAAGGAAAUCAUUGGUUCAAGUUCUCUUAUGUAAAAAUAAAGUAAGGCAGCAUACAUUAGACCAUAUGGUUAGGCCUUUUCCCGAACCCGCGCAUAGCAGAAACUUCAAUGUACUAGGCUCCCCUUUUUUUAUAGGAUAGAGCGAUCCUCAGCUAGCUUUUGGUAGAGUUAAAUCUAGCCUAAAUUCUAUGAAAAAUGGGUUAGCUUGUAAAUUGAAGUGACAAAAGCUUCACAUGACAGAACAUGGCCACCCUCUUUACAUAAAUUUUGAAUAGUAGAAUUUGCCCUCACUCUCACUCCUGCCCACUUUAAAUUCCCCCCCUUUCAAAAUCUUCAUGAGAACAUGUUGGCCGAGAAGUGAUCAUAUCCGGUGGCGGUUUGGUCCAUUUCUGGCAAAAACUGGCCACCAUAGCUUCUAAGUCCCUCAGUGGAGAUGCAAAGGAUCUAAAGAUAUUAAACAAAUGUGUUCGAAAAGCAUCAGAACCUACCAUCAUGUCAAUCCAAAUUCCUUUUCCCUUCCAAUAUAUAAUGUAACCUUGUGUUUCCACUGAACACUCACCAGGUUCUCUUGUUCCUUGGACUCCAUAGUACAAAGAGAGGAGAUGAAGUUCUCUAAGCAGUUUGAGGGACAACUCAUUCCAGAAUGGAAAGAUGCCUUUGUGGAUUACCGGCAGCUGAAAAAGGACCUCAAAAAAAUCCAACUCCUUAAUUACAUCAACUAUACACCAGACAAGCACCAAAAUAGUUCUGUACUGAAGUCCCCCUUUACAUCACUAAGGAAGUACUCUUUAUUUGGCUAUCAACAUGAAGAGCAUGAACCAAUUCAUGUCCAUAGGAAGGUUGCUUCAUCAAUUUGUAAAGAGGAUAUGUAUGAGACACAGCUGCUAGAGAAAUUUGCUGACACUGAAGCUUCAAAAGAAUUUUUUGCAUGUCUAGAUCACCAACUCAAUAAGGUCAAUAAAUUUUACAGGACAAAGGAGAAAGAGUUCCUAGAGAGAGGGGAGUCCUUGAAAAAACAAGUGGAUAUUCUCCUUGAACUCAAAGCUGCAUUCAUGGAAAAGGAUGGUAGUAGAAGGAGCUCUUCUCAAGAGUCCACUGAGGAAGAAUCUAUCUCAUGCACAUUCUCUAGUGAGGAGGACUCUGUAAGGAGCAGAGAACAUCAGGAGCAAAUACAUGGUAACUACACACAUGAUUUGGGGAAAAAUGAAGCACCAUUUUCAGAUAUCCCCCAAUCAGAUGAAGAUGAGAGGUCAAAGAAGAUGGAAAGAGAGGAUGGUAAAUUGAGGACACUGUCUGGGCACAUUGCUACUUGUAAAAGGAAGAAUGUGAGGAUAAACAUUCCUUUGACAACCCCAUCUCAAACCUUAUCAGCAAUUAGUUACCUUGUGAUGGAAGACAUGCUGAACCAGUCUUCAAAGAAAGGAAAUGCAGAAGGUGGUGUGCUUCACGUUAACAAAACAAAGUUACAUCAUGCAGAAAAGAUGAUUAAAGGAGGUUUAAUUGAGCUCAAUAAGGGCCUAGGGUAUCUCAAAGAUUACAGGAAUUUGAACCUGCUUGCAUUUAUAAAGAUUUUGAAGAAGUUUGACAAGGUCACUAAAAAACAAAUUCUCCCCAUCUAUCUAAAAGUUGUUGAGAGUUCAUAUUUCAACAGCUCAGACAAGGUGGUGAAGUUCAUCGACGAAGUGGAGGAACUAUUUAUAAAAACUUUUUCCCAAGAUGAUCAUAGGAAGGCCAUGAAGUACCUUAAACCAAGUCAGUGCAAAGAAUCAGAUUCUGUAUCUUUCUUCACUGGACUAUUCACUGGAUGCCUUUCAGCACUUUUGGCUGGAUAUGGCAUAAUGGCUCAUGUAACUGGACUAUACAAAGGGCAACAACAAAAUUCAGUCUACAUGGAAACUGUAUACCCUGUGCUUAGCAUGUUUAGCCUCAUGUUUCUACAUUUAUUCCUUUAUGGCUGCAACAUUUUCGCAUGGAGAAAGACUCGUAUAAACUACAGCUUUAUUUUUGAGCUAGCCCCAACUAAAGGACUAAAAUACAGAGAUGUAUUCUUGAUUUGUACAAUGGCGAUGUCUGCUGUGGUUGGACUCAUGUCUCUUCAUUUGACUCUGCUGACAAAAGGGUAUUCUUAUGCCCAAGUUCAAGUCAUUCCUGGCCUACUUUUUCUGACCUUCUUACUAAUACUAGUGUGCCCCUUCAACAUUGUAUACCGGUCAAGCCGUUACCACUUCCUCUGUGUGAUAAGGAACAUAAUUUUUUCACCCCUUUACAAGGUUGUCAUGCUGGACUUUUUUAUGGCUGAUCAACUUUGUAGUCAGGUGCCUAUGCUCAGGAACCUAGAGUUUGUGGCGUGUUACUAUAUAACUGGGAGCUACAAGACUCAAGACUAUGGCUACUGCAUGAGGGUAAAACAGUACAGGAAUCUUGCUUAUGCAGUGUCUUUUCUGCCCUAUUAUUGGAGGGCAAUGCAGUGUGCUAGGAGAUGGUUUGAUGAAGGGGAGACAAGCCACCUUGUUAAUCUAGGCAAAUAUGUAUCAGCUAUGUUAGCGGCAGGUGCUAAACUGGCUUACCAAAAGGAUCAGAGUGUUGGAUGGCUGUGUAUUUUUGUGGUCAUUUCAAGUGCAGCAACUGUGUACCAAUUGUAUUGGGACUUUGUAAAGGAUUGGGGUUUGUUCCAAAUGAACUCCAAGAAUCCUGGGCUAAGGAACGAAUUAAUGCUUCGCACAAAAGCCAUUUACUACUUCUCCAUGGGAUUAAAUUUUACUCUGAGACUUGCUUGGUUGCAAACUGUCCUCCACUCAAGUUUUGAAGAUGUUGAUUAUAGAGUCACAAGCUUAUUUCUAGCAGCACUCGAAGUUAUUAGACGAGGACUAUGGAAUUUCUUCAGGGAUAAAGUAGCACAAAAGUCUCAUGGCUUGCUGGUAUCACAUACAUGCACACCUUGCUCUCUAAUCAAACUUUGCUCGACGAGCAUAGAGUGUAGAUGCAAAGCAUAGACAUCCAAACACUCUCAGAUCAUGAAAAUAAGGUACUACUCCAUACAAAAACUCAAUGGGGGACUUAUUUUGCAAUUACGAAGAAGGUGCCCUAUAUAUAAAAAAUAUAGCAUGCAGAACAACACAGGACCAGUAAACUUCAGGAAAAUUAGAUUACAUAACAAUGCUCUGCCUACAUUUAAAACAUGUUGAUGUUUCUUCUCCACUCUCCCAUUUUACUUAUGGAGAUUAAACCCAAAGGUUUUGAUCUGAGAUCACUUGCAUUGAGUAGAGUUGAGACAGCAAAAGUUCUGGUCCAUUAUCAGUUCAUAUCUUUUCACCAUUGCGUCAAUUUUUUUUCAACCAAAGCAACAAAACAUUGAAAGCUAUCCUAAACUCCAGAUUUAAAUUUCAUGAAGAUAAACUAUAAAAAAUGACUAUAAUCAUACAAAAUAGAGAAAAAGUAUUUGUGUACAUGUAUUGAAGGGGAUGGAAAAGAACCCCAUAUGUUACAAUGUAACUAUUCAAAAGUUUUGGAGGCUCUACUGGUGCUAACAGAGAAGGGUAAUUUCUUUUGUUAUGCCGAGUGGAAAAUGUCACACACUACAACUUUAAUUACAUUGAUGAAGGUAUGAGUCUUAGACAAAGUAAGUCUAUCAUGUGAAAGAUUCCAAGCAUGAAAGCAACAAAGCACCAUGAGGAAUAACAGUUGUCAGACUCACAUUGGCUGCAAUAACGUCUUUCUGUAAAGCACCUACCAAAUGAUAGAGCCCCUCAACUUGCUUAUCCGAACCAAUCAUCCUCAGAGAUUUCUACUACUGCAAGAUGUAACCAGAAUAGGUAGAUUGAACCAAACAUGACAGGUCUGAAUACAACUUUGAUAUGGAGAUUAGGUUCAAUGCAAAAUUUGGUAAGUGCAGAAAACUAUUAAGGUAUAAAGUGGGACAAAAGUUGAUUGUCCGAGCACACUUUUAGUGAUAAAACUCCCAUUUGGUAACUUAAUAUUUCCAGGCUUGAUCUUAAUAUAAGAUUUAAACCACAAAAGGGAAAAGAGUAUAUGGUCAGUUGCACUGGAAUCUAAUAUAAGUAGUUGAAAACUUUACAGAUUUGAAGUCCUCCAAUAACACCUUCAGUUCUGUAAAGAACUCCGUAACUGAAAAUGCACCUUGUCUCAGACCAUAUAGGUGUGUACCGGUCCAAUGUUAAAUACAGUGGUGGUUUACCCGCUUUCCUGUUGGUCAGCUGCCUCUCAACCGCUUCAAGGAACUUUCUCUCAAAUUGGAUAACAUAAAUUUAAUACACGAAUCAUAUCACCAUGUGAAAAUCAUUCCUUCAAUUAUCUCCACACAUCAACAACAUUCUCCCAUAGGCAAUACUUUGAGCAUUUGAGGUGGACAACGAAAUUCAUUAACCAACAAUACCUUGAUAAUAUCAUUCCAGGAAGAUGGGCAAUUAUCGCAACUACUGAGAACUUAAAGAGAAAAGGAAGAUGUCCUACCGGAAAAACACCAGAAAAUACAUCAGCUUUUCAAUUAACUCAUCAACUGGUAAGGCAGUAAUUGCUUCAUCCUUGUUUUGGCCCAAUAUAUUAUAUGAUGGGUACAUGUUGGUUACCAUUCCCAGAGGGUGUCUUGAUUCUUUUGCUAUUGCUAGUUGGUACCUAGAAGAAAUAGGAACACAAAAACAUAAUUCAGAAAUAAAUCAAAUUAGAGAAACAAUCCUAUUCAUGCUUUCAAAUCUCUGAAUAAUUUCAAUUUUUUCAUUCAUAGGUUUGACUACAAGCACAUGUCAGUAACAUGUAAUAUAACUUGUACUUGCUCCCACCACACCAAAGAUAGAGCAUAAUAAACAUGUACCCGGUAGGCUACUGCAAGAGACUGUAAUCCCCGUUCUGCAAACUUAUCAAUGACAGCAUGAACUCUCUAUAUGAAUUUCAAUAACCGACUAUACAAUGUCGGUAAACAUUUUUAAUUAUUUACAUACUUCUAGAUAGUUUCUAGACUUUACAAGAGAUUUUAAUGUCUAGAUUUUUCUAACCCUAUAUGAUGGUGUCAUAUAGAAAUUUCUAGAAAUUUGCAGCAAUUUUAACAAAACUUAUUACGUGCGAGAUUCAAAUCUAAUUGAAAUAAAAAUUAUGAAUCACUUUCAUUGUCAUGUGGGAACAUUAAACACGACUACACAAGGAAUGAGUUGGCUCAUCAAGAUACAUUUUACUGUCUAUGUAAGUUAGACCAGUCCGUUUGCCAGUUGGAUUGAAAUGAAGGGAAGGAAGUAUUAGUAAGCCUCUUGAAUACCAGGCCUUGCCUAAUUUUUCAGACAUAAUCAAAUACAAAAUAUUUAAGAUGAAACUGGAUAUGAUUGACUAAGUAGUUCUGUACAUAAUUCUAACAAUAUGUGUUUUCUUUGAGCAUGUUUUCAAUUAGCAUUUGCAAGCAAGGAAAAGAGAAAUAUUAUCACCAGUGAGUAUACAUGUUUUGGAUCGCCUAGCAUCCUAUAAUAGCAGCAUCCGUAGCAUCUUGGUGUUCUACUCUAGAAGCCUGAGCAGCCAUGAAAACAACAGUAUCAUGUAGGAAUACCACAGAGAAAAUUAGGAAUCAACAACACACAACUGACUAUUACCAUCUACUUACCUCAAAAGAUUCUUCUCAAAUGUUAGUUUAUUCAAAAUCAAAGUUCCAAGAAUUCAGCAUACUAUGUUUCUUAAGUAAUGUGUAUUCACUAUUUUCAACUUAAAUCUCAUAAACCUUAGACACAAUAAAAAUUCAGCUAAUCACUGAAGAGCCAAGAACAAAGACUCGAUUCAGAACACAAACUAGCUAGAGUGAAAAAAAAAAUUGUUUGAACAAAAAAUGGAAUUGAAAAUCAGAGAAGAAAGGUGAGGACAUGGUGAAUGGUAUUUUCCCUACCAAUCAGCCUGAAGAGACGAUUGAUUUUGAGAGUGAAUGAAAUACAGAAUAGGGGUUUGUGGAAGGAAGAUUUUGGAGGCCGUAAAGUGAAUACAAACCGCCGCAAAAUGUAUUUUACUAGUGGCAGCUAACUAAAUGCGCCGCAAGUAUAUAUAGUGGUGAUUUUGUCAGAACCACAACAAUUAACCGCUGCCAGUCACCAAUUUUCUUGUAGUUAGCUUGCAGAUAUUUCAACUAAGUAUUCCCGAAGACAAGAUUUGAGAUGAUGAAGCUUGGAGUCUCUAUGUAAAAUCUCAAGGAGAAGGGAUAGUACUGAGUCUUUCCUUAUGUUAUGUAAGACUAUUAGGAAGUUUUUUGAUGUAUGAAAUGAUGCAAUGUAGAACAUGAUUACAUGAGUAAAUAGGUUGCUUGUUUCAAUAGUUA